AAGUCCGGCAAGACUGGGUUGGUCCGGAGGAGUAGCACAGGUUUGAUAUGGGUGCUAGCCGCAAGCGGGUGCGCAAGCGGGUGGGGAGCGCCAAGGACAGUGGUGGAAGUGUGGGCAAGAAGGGGAGCAAGGGCAAGGGCAGGAGCAAGAAGCGGGUGCGGAAGAGCACGGGGUCGAGUAAGGGCCGCCGGCGGCGGAGUUCAAAGUCGGGCGCGAGCAGCAGCGGGCGGCGGAGAAAGAGGACCAAGAAGCGGACGCACUUUACGUCGAUCUCAGGCUCGGGCUCGGGCUCGGGCUCGGAGACGCAGACUCAGGCUGGGUUCUUUAGCUCGGGCGUCGAUGCCAUCCCGACCAAGGCCGAUCUCGCGCACGCUGAUCAGCUGGUGAAAGACUUUCCGGAAGAUCCGCGGGUGUACAACAAGCGGGCCAAGCUCCACGUCCUGCUCAACCACAACCAGCAGGCGCUCAACGACUACGCGACGGCAAUCCACCUGCAGCACCCUCCAGCGUCGAUCUACUACCUCAACCGCGGAUACUUCUACGAGAAGCUCGGGCUGCUUGCGCAGGCGCUCGACGACCUCGACAUGGCGAUCCAGCUCGGCCCGAAGCGGUCGCGGAUGCAGGCUGCGUAUCUGUUUCGCGGGCGGGUUCUGCGCAAGCUGGGCGAGUUUGACCUGGCCGGAAAAGAUCUCGACACUGCUGCACUGUAUGAAGGCCCGGCAACCGAGCGCAUCCAGCAGGAGAUCAAUCUGCUUGCCGCCGCCCGGUCGCGCAAGCACGGUGGAAAGAGCAAGAGCAAGUCCAAGAAGAGUAAGAGCAAGUCGAAGAAGAGCAAGUCCAAGUCGAAGAAGCGGGCCCGGCUCGUAGAGCCUGCCGUCUCGCGCUCGCACAAGGCGCGGUCGCGGCGGUCGCGCGGUAAGAUCUCGUCGCGGCAUCCGACACCGGCGGUGUGGCCCGGCGGGAGCUCGGAUGACGAUUCGGACGAUGAUGACGAGUCAGAGAGCAACAAGAAGAAUCGUAAGGGGAAGAAGAAGACCCGCGUCAAGAAAAAGGCCAAGGCCGACAGUGGAUCUGGACGCAAGAAGGUACGGACCAAGAAGAAGGGCUCGACCAAGAAGAAGGGCUCGACCAAGAAGAAGGGCUCGACCAAGACCAAGACCAAGACCAAGACUCGGAAGCGGGUCAGGACCAAAAAGAAGAGCAAGAGUAAGAAAUAA